AUGCAGAAACACCAGAACCCUCAACCAGCUACCUCCGCUCCUAUCAUUGUCCCGCAAGAUGAGACAAAGGUCAUGUUGCAGCAGCUGCUCCAAGGACAACAGCUCCAAGGAAAAGCUCUGAACCAGGUUACUACCGAGAUCAAUACCAGAAUGAACCAUAUAGUCAGAGAUUUGAGCACCAAGUACGAUAAUGUCGCGAGCCAUAUGAGACAGAUGGACAUUCAGAUAGCUCAGACUGCUGAGAGCGUCAAGAGGCAGCAAGACUUCGUUGUUCAGGAGCUGGAAGAAGAGUCUAAGGAUCCUCUCUUCUUAGGAAGACCAUUCCUAUGUACUGUUGGAGCCAUCAUUGAUGUGCAACAAGGGAAGAUUGAUCUGAAUCUUGGGGACAUAGUCAUGCAAUUCGAGAUGGAUGAACUACUAAAAAAGCCGAUGUUAGAUGGGCAGACUUUUGAGGUUGAUGAAGGGAUUGACCCGCUGCAAUCUCGUGAAGGAAUGAUCGAGGAGAUUCUUAUAGAAGACCCACUUGAGCUUGCACUAGUAAGAGCUGAGGCCGAGCAGAGUGUCGUAAACAUUGAUGCAGACGGGUAUGCCAAGAUGCUUGAUUCCGCAAGGAGUAUGGGAAGAAUGGUAGCGAGUCUAAGUCUGGAGGAGGCAAGCAACAGGGACGAGAACACUCCAGCUGGAGUGACCCCUACACCGAACUUGCCUGUUCUGCCGGACCAACCAGAUGAUCUCUGGAGCGAGCUUAAAGCUCCCAAGGUUGAGCUAAAACCCUUUCCCAAGGGGCUCAGGUACGCUUUCUUAGGUUCGAAUUCCACCUAUCCUGUCAUUGUGAACGCUGAACUAAAUAAUGUGGAAACUGCAUUGCUUUUGUGUGGGCUCAGGAAAUAUCGUAAGAAGAGGUUAAACCCGAAUCUAAAAGAUGUUGUUAAGAAAGAGAUUAUGAAACUUCUUGAAGCGGGUGUGAUCUAUGCCAUAUCUGAUAGUAAAUGGGUUAGCCCUGUUCAUGUAGUACCUGAGAAAGGUGGGAUCACUGUUAUCACAAAUGAAAAGAAUGAAUUGAUCCCUACUAGGACAGUGAUAGGACAUCGCAUGUGCAUUGAUUUCAGAAAAUUAAAUGCAGUAACCAGAAAGUAUCACUUUCCACUCCCUUUUAUUGAUCAAAUGCUUGAGAGAUUGGCUAACCACCCAUAUUCCUGCUUUUUAGAUGGUUAUUCAGGUUUCCUUCAGAUCCAUAUCCAUCCAGACGAUCAGGAAAAGACGACGUUCACCUGCCCCUAUGGAACGUACGCUUACAGGAGAAUGCCAUUCUGCUUGUGCAAUGCGCCAGCGACAUUUCAGCGCUGCGUGAUAUCAAUUUUUACUCACCUGAUUGAAGACAUUAUGGAGGUUUUCAUGGACGAUUUCGCAAAGAUCGAGGUGAUGAUGAGCUUGCAACCAACAACAACUGUGAAAACUAUCAGGAGUUUCUUGGGUCACGCGGGGUUUUACAGAAGGUUCAUCCAGGACUUCUCAAGGAUACCGAGACCACUCACCAGACUGCUCUGCAAGGAGAUCAAGUUUGAUUUCGACAGUGAGUGCUUAGGUGCGUUCCAUACCAUCAAAGAAGCUCUAGUUAGCGCGCAUGUAGUACAACCGCUAGACUGGGAUCUCCCUUUUGAAAUCAUGACUGAUGCCAGCGAUUUUGCAGUUGGAGCAGUCCUUGGGCAGCGCAAAGAUAAGAAACUUCAUGUAAUCUAUUACGCAAGCAAAACCAUGGAUGAAGUUCAAUGCAGAUACGCUACAACUGAGAAGGAACUUCUGGCUAUUGUUUUGGCAUUCAAGAAGUUCAGAUCCUACCUGGUGGGAUCUAAGCCAGUCGCCGCGAUCCAAAAGCAGUACUCUCACCUCCCGUGGUUUGCUGAGAUUGCGAAAUUUCUUGCUGCUGAAAAGAAACCUCUUAAGUUCACUGGAAACGACAAGAGGAAAUUUUUAAGGGAGGCAACGCGUUAUGUUUGGGAUGAACCGUACUUGUACAGACAUUGUAAGGAUGACUUGUUCAGAAGGUGUGUUCCAGAGGCAGAUAUCCCAGGAAUCCUACAUCAUUGCCAUGGUUCUUCUUACGCAGGCCACUUCGCUACAUUCAAAACGGUUUCCAAAAUCCUGCAAGCGGGUUUCUGGUGGCUAACUAUGUUCAGGGAUGUUCACGCCUACAUAGCCAGAUGCGAUGCAUGCCAGCGACUUGGGAACAUCAGCAAGAGGAAUGAGAUGCCUCAGAAUUACAUUCUAGAGGUUGAGGUGUUCGACUGUUGGGGAGUUGAUUUCAUGGGCCCAUUCCCUCCAUCCUUCAAAAACGAGUACAUCCUCACGUCGCCAUUGACUAUGUAUCUAAGUGGGUAG